AUGAAAGAAAUGAGCAUUUCGCAGCAGCAGGAUAACUUUAAAAAGUAUCUAAAGUACUUUUCGACAAGACUUGUCCAAUCUCUCAUCCAGGUACGUCCAUUUUCGAGCCGGUUUUUGCUCAAUUUCCCUUGUUUCCCUUUCAGUCCCGCCUUGGAGAUGACGUGGAAUCCAAGUGCGCCCCGUACAUGGAGCACACGCAGGACUGGUUCAACAUGAAAAUCGAUGAGCUCGGAGAGAUCGCUGCCUACCUAAAGUCCAACAUCAAGAAAUAUCCGCCGCUGGGCACUCUGACCCUCGAAUUCCUUCUGUACACCCCCAGUGGCCAAUGCCUUCCUCUCGAAGCGUGGGUGCUGAGCACGGAAGAGCCGGAGGACAAGGACGGAUGCCCGCUGAACGAUCUGUACCACCAGAUGGCAACCCUGCUGAGGUCUGCGAUCGUGUCUGCACGAAUGACUCCGAUGCACAGAUUAUACGUGAAGAAGCAGAAUGAAGAGUCGUUUGUGAUCAUGUACAGGGUAAGAUUAGUUCUACUUUAUAAAGAGAAUGUGCGUCGAUUUUAGAUUUACGAGAACGACAUCUGCUCGGACAUGGGAAAGGGCAAGAAGACGCGGAAGAUCGGAGAGCUCUCCUCCCAGUUCGGCAACAUCACCCUCGUUCUUCACUACAGAACCUCCAUGCACUUCGAGGAGCCCGAGAUUGCUCCGGAGACGCCGGCGGAAGAGGAGCACGGAGAGACGGACGUGAACAAAACGGUCACCGAGGAAGACGUGGCCGCCACGCCGACAAGACACCCCCAAUCCGAAUGCGUGCCCAUUUCGGACGCGACCAAGAAGAUCCGGAAGGCCAGCGGGAGUGUGGAAUCGGCGAACAGUGGCGGCAGUUCGGUCUCUCGGGAAGCGGCUCCGCGGUUCAUUCUGGGGCAAUCCACUUCGAGCGACGAUUCCCAUCACUCUGAUAACGCGCACUCCUUCGAAGAGGACCGUCGUCCCUCCCUCGCGGACCUUCGAAAUCACUCGUUCCCAUUUGUGAACCUCCUUCAAUCUGCCUACAAUCCAGCGAAUGGAAGCAAAAAGAACGUCUCUUCCAUCAGCCUCAGUGAGUUUUCGUGUCAUCUGCAAAUAAAUAGAAACAACUGACUUUCAGAUACGCCAAAGCAGGUCCCAGAAGAAAAAGAAGAGGAGAAGGAGAAGGAGAAGGAGAAGCCGAGUGUGGAGAAGGUUGCGGAGAGCUUCCGAGCCGCCAAGAUCGACGAGGUCGUUCUGGAAGAGGACGAAGAAGAAGAGCUGCCGAUGGGCUCGAUGGAGCUCAGCGAGGACUCGUUUGUUCACGUGAGCACGCUCCCCGAGGAGCCAAUCAUCAUCAACUUCUUCCGUUUCAGUUCAAUCAGAUCUCCGAGUUUGGCGGCUCGCUUUCGUUAGGCAGUGAGCUCGGCGACUACUUGAAGCAGCUGAAGACGGCGCCCGAUAUGCUCAACAACGGGGAGAUUGACAUUGUGGGAAUGGAUUUGAAAACUGAGGUGAGCGUAGAGUUCCGAAUAGGUUGAAACGAAGUUGGAACUUUCAGCUGGACAAAAUCAAUUCUCACACGGCCAACUUCAACGACUUCCUCAAGCAGAUCAACUCGUUCUCCGAUGACUAA